AUGCCAACCACCUUUAGGGAUGAGAUCGCCAUUGCCGUGGCAUCUCUUGCCUCGAUUUUCGCAAUCGGUGCCUGCCUCUUUGUGAUUCCGUCGCUUUACAGUGAAAUCAACGAUCUGCAUAAUACGGUAAUUGACUCGGUCGCUGUAUUCCGCGUUGAAACCGAUUCAGCCUGGUCCGACAUUAUGGACGUGCAGUUGACCGUGUCACCACCUUCGAAACCCCGUGUGAAUCCAUUCGAUUCGAUCUUUCGCCAGAAACGACAGCCUCUUCCACCAUGGUGUAUUUGCGAGAUUCCUAAGAUAACAUGUCCACCUGGACCUCCAGGACCACCUGGUCCAGCUGGCCAACCAGGCAAUCCAGGCCCUCCUGGCCCUCCUGGGAAGGACGACACAACUGUUUAUGCACCUAUUCAUUGCCCUGCUCCUGACAAGGCUUGCAUUAAAUGUCCUCCAGGACCUCCAGGACCACCAGGACCCGAAGGACAUCCUGGCCCCAAAGGAAUGGACGGCAAACCUGGAAGUCCAGGAAAACGUGGACAAGACGGCAAGCCUGGCCCUGCAGGUCCUCCAGGAGAGGCGGGGCCUGCU